UGCCGUCUUCACCACCUGCGAGCAUCACCGCAAAGAUGACUUCUGCACUCCGUGUUGUCUUCCUCCUGUGCGGGAUCAGCGGACUGCUGGCUGUAGCCCAAUCGGUUAUUCAUAAGAAAGAAUGCGGUUGCCCUAAGGAAUGGAUUCAGUUCCAGUCGUACUGCUACAAACACAUAGAGCUGCAAAAGACCUUUGCGGACGCAGAGGAGACCUGCCAGCUGUUCCACGGCAAUCUGGUGUCCAUCGAAGGCCCCGUGGAAAAUGCGGUGGUUUUACAACUGAUCCGCGACUAUAACGAUGGUUUCGUCAUUGACACCUGGAUUGGAGGCCAUGAUACCUUACUGGAUGGCACUUAUUGGUGGACCGACGGCGCGCCUUUCGUUUUCAGUGACUUUGACAUGGCUAACACUGGCGCCUGUGUCGAGAUUGACGAUGACGAGCGCUGGAACGGCGACGACUGCACCGACUUGAAUCCGUUUGUUUGCGAGAGAGACGUGUGCAUUUAGUCGGCCCCGUGGCCGUCAUAUCUUCCCUACUCGCCAUGACGUGAAGAUAUGACCUUCUUUGUCCUCUGGGUGGCUAGUGGUCACUGUCAAUCAAGCUUAUUGGAACCUCGAAGUGUAUCUCUUUAAUAAAUGAAGGAAACUGUCCCAGCAUGGAA